AUGGUAAAGGAAUCAGGCUGGAUUUGCUGUGACAAGUGCUCGUCAUGGGAUCAUCUAAGCUGCGUUCGGAUCAACGAUUCGCUGAUCGACGAUGUUCAGAGCUACACGUUUUACUGCGAAAACUGCUCGGUCCGAGGGACGCUAAUCGCGAAAGGAUCGAAUACAACUUCCGGCAGUGACGAGGUAUCACUACUGAGGAAAACUGUCCAAGAUUUAUCUACGCAAAUCGUGAAUCUUCAGGCUGAGCUUGACACGCUACGGUCCUCAAGCAAGCAGCAGAUUGAUCGUAUCCAGUGCAAGGUAAACAAUGACAAUCAGCGGGACACCAAAUGUGUAGCUCAAACCACUUUGGUCAGCAGCAUCGAAGAGAAGCUGGAAAUUCUCGAAGCAGGUGCAAAACUAGCCGCUACUUGUUCUCAAUCAGUGAACUGCCGCCAUCUCAACGUUGGAGGGCUUGAGCGCCACAUCGACGGCGUGAAACUAUUACUCGAUAGCAACCAAUACCACAUCUUCGCGGUAACUGAAACCAAAUAUAAACCAUCUAGUCCAAUCGGUCCAAUCCGGAUCCCAGCUUACAAUUUCGUCAGGCAUUCACUACCAUGUGGAAGAGGUCGUGGCACUAAAACCUGCGGCGGAAUCGGGAUUUACGUUCGAAAAGGGAUAAAAGCAACACCAGUACUUAAAUCAAUCUUCGACCCGACAACCCCCAUCGGACUAAGGAUAGAAUUUCUCGCUAUCCAGAUCAGAAUUAACGACCUGAACUUAGGUGUAGUGACUUUUUACAACCCAUUAUGCUCCAAUCCCUACUUCAGCCAGGUGUACGAAAAAGUUCUCAUCGAUCUGCUUGAUUAUGGAUUCGAUAGACUGUUCAUCGUAGGCGAUUUUAACAUUAACGUUAAGUCGCCUCACCAGACAACGAACCUUGCAGCGCUUAACCACAUCAACUCUACAUUUAACCUCACGAUUCUCCCAACCGGUCCCACUCGUGUUACCGAAAACACCUCGACUACAAUUGACCUGCUAAUUACAGACUCGCCUAACUCUGUGAUCAAAUCGAAGACUUCAACCGGCAACACCAUUUCCGAUCACGACGUGGUUUAUCUUCUGACCAACAUCAGGAUACAGAGAUCUAACCCACAAAUAAUUAGCGUAAGAAAUAUACACUCCAUCAACCCUCUCCGAUUGCAAGCUGAUUUUCAAUCAAAGGAUCUGCGACCGUUCUUUGCUGCAGGGGAUUCGACCACAAAAGCUGAACAGCUGACCUCUGUGCUGAGAGAAUUACUGCAACAUCACGCGCCAGAACGCAAUGUAACUGUACGCGACAAACAUACACCUUGGAUUUCAGAAGAAAUCAGAAGAGCUGUGAAACUCAGGAAUUUAGCGUAUACCUUAUACUCCCGAAACCCCAACAGGAUGCGUGGGGACAACCAGUGGCAAGAAUACACCAGAACGAGAGACAGAUCCAACUCCCUAAUCUUUACAGCUAAGAAGAGUUACGCCGAGCUACACUUCGACCACAAUCUGCCUGCAAAAAAGUUAUGGUGCAACUUGAGAAGGGAGGGGAUCCAUAACAAUGCGAGAAAUAACACACCUGUUGAAGAAAUCAAUGCUGAGGAAUUGAACAACUUCUUCAGCGUUGGACACAGACAAUUACAACCUGCAGGCCAUCACAGGACGCCUAAUGAACCAUCCCACCGCACGGCAGUUGACCACGGAGAACCCGAUUUCAACUUCCGCCACACUAAUAUUGAUGAAAUUUGCCGAAAGAUUCAUGAAAUAGGUACCAACGCUACAGGUUCUGACGAAAUCCCGAUCUCAUUCAUCAAACAGCUAUGCCCUUUCAUCCUCCCAGCCCUCUCUCACUUAUUCAAUUCGAUCAUAGAUACCAGAUCUUUCCCCUCAAAUUGGAAGAAAGCUUUAAUUACUCCGAUCCCGAAGCUAUCAAACCCCACCGAACCUAAGGACUUUCGACCAAUAAGCGUCCUGCCAGCAUUAUCGAAAGUUCUAGAAAAAAUUCUACUUGCGCAAAUCACAGAUCAUCUCGAUAAUCCGAACGCUCCGCUGUUAGCAAAGUAUCAAUCUGGAUACCGAAAAGGAUAUAGCACGACCACUGCUUUAACGAAAGUCGUUCACGACAUUUACGCCGGGUUCGGCAGCAACCAAUGCACCGUCAUGGUGCUGGUCGACUUCUCGCUGGCCUUCAACUGUGUGGAUCAUCGCAUUUUAGAAACAAAACUCCGCGAUGAGUUCCACUUUUCUCAAGCCGCCUGCAACUUAAUAUCAUCCUUUCUCGCACACAGAAAACAGUCAGUGCGCUUAGGUGAUAGAAUAUCAAGCGACCGUCAUGUCCUAGAUGGUACACCACAAGGCUCUUGUUUAAGCGCACUGCUCUUCAGUUUAUACAUCAACAGCUUGCCGUUGUUCCUCAGAUGCAACUACCACCUCUACGCGGACGACCUACAAGUGUACGUAUCUGGUCCAGCAGCCGACAUUGACGUCCUUGUCCAGUAUAUCAACGAUGAUCUCGAAGCAAUAGCUACGUGGGCCAGAAUGAACCGCUUAUCUCCUAACCCGAAAAAAACACAACACGGAGAACCAAAAUUCGGCUCAAAUGCGAAAACCUUAGUUGAUUUACUGAAUUGA